UGCAGUACCCUUUCCUCGAAAACAAACCUGCUGCUCCCCCUCCUCCCAGGCCGGCGACUGGGGCAUCCGCUGUGCACAGGAAGCUGGAAUCUGACCCCCAGGGGCGUUGGGCCCCGUCUCCACGGCAGCCGCGGAUUUAUUACUGGGGCCUCCACCCAGCUUGGGGACCUUUCGACUUGCAGCCGGGAGGGAAGGGAACGGAGAGGGCGGUCCCGGGAGCUGCGCAGCCAUGGCCAAGUUUCUUUCCCAGGACCAAAUUAAUGAGUACAAGGAGUGCUUCUCCCUGUAUGACAAGCAGCAGAGGGGGAAGAUAAAAGCCACAGACCUGAUGGUGGUGAUGAGGUGCCUGGGGGCCAGCCCAACACCAGGGGAGGUGCAGCGGCACCUCCAGACUCACGGGAUAGACAGAAAUGGAGAGCUGGAUUUCUCUACUUUCCUGACCAUUAUGCACACGCAAAUAAAACAAGAAGACCCAAAGAAAGAAAUUCUUCUGGCCAUGUUGAUGGCGGACAAGGAGAAGAAAGGCUACAUCAUGGCAUCUGAGCUGCGGUCAAAACUCACAAAACUGGGGGAGAAGCUCACCCACAAGGAAGUGGAUGAUCUUUUCAGGGAAGCAAAUAUCGAACCAAAUGGCAGAGUGAAGUAUGAUGAAUUUAUCCGCAAGCUCACCCUUCCUACACAAGACUACUGAAUGAGGACGAAUGCAAGAGGGCCUUCCCUGGCCCUGAAAACUUGACUGAUUAAUUUUUAAAAAGAAAAGUGUUCCUUUCACUCCAGGGAGAUAGUGAACAGCAGCAAGAUGGCAUUAUCCAACUGUAGCUGAGAAUAACCAGCAAUGAAAAUAAAUUACUUCAGCCAUGGUA